AUGUCCGAACAUGGCAGCAAUGAGUCGAGACGAUCCUCCUCCCAGACUUCCAGUCAGUCUGCCGAUUUCAAGAAACCCAAGACUAUUCGGGGAGCCCCCAAGCGUCAUGGCUCGAAACACUCCUCUAAAUCCUUCGAAGAAGACGACCCUUCCCUGACGUCCUUUCCCUCCUUCUCUCCGGAGGCAGAGACAAAGUCAGCAAGCAUUGCUCAAGAGGUGGUGCCCAAACCCAUGCGUACAAUAUCACAGAAGGCAAGGGAUAGAAAGACCACUCUUGCAGGCUUGACAAGUGCAUCUCCCUCUCUCAAUAGACAGAAGGCCUUGUUCGAUGACUCCCCGCGGUCAUCCCUGGAAAUUCCAGGUUCCUUGCACUUGGCUAGUGACGAGCACAUAGAAAGACUCAUUGCGAGGUCUGGUGCGGUCAAGUUGGUCCGUCAGUAUGCCUCGGAUCUUGCUCAAAGGGACGCGGAAAUAUCUGCGCUACGAAUCCGAGCAGAUCACCGAGAGAGGGAAUUGAAAAAGAUCCUGCGCGAGGCCAAUGUCCCCACGGCGGAGGUCGAGAAGAGGCUUCUCCGGCUGGAACAGGGAGAAACUGACGCAAGGGUCGGGAUGGCAUCAAAUGCCGUGGAUCGAGCAGCUGCGUUGCUGGACGGGAUGAUGAGCGAAGCAAUGGCAGAUGGCAUUGUGGUCAGCAGCCCCUUGAACGGCGACUUCCCUACCGGCCAGGCCUCAGAUACUCGAAGCCCGCCAGCAGCCCUGAACGCCGACCUAGAGGCGAGUCGCAGCAGGGCUGAGUCAAUGGCAUCUAGUCACGCCAAGGCAAGCCGAACCCCUAGUAGGGCCAACAGCAGUGUCAGCGACAGCAGCCAGGAUAUGGAGGCCACCCUACGUCCGCGGGUAUCAAGCUCAAAUACCUCCAAAUUAUCUGGUCUCCAGAGCAUAUUCCAGCCUCCAACACAGUCUUCGAGCUAUUUCAUUGGCGGCAAAACCGUCAGAAAGCCCAAAGCCAGCGACGAAGCCAGUGUCCGCUCCAGUCAGUCCACUCGCUCUUUUGCCUCCUGGACCCAGAUUUUUAGUGGAAAGUCCCAACCCGGUCGAUCUAGGGCAUCAUCACUGGGACAGCAGAAUGCACCAGGCGAAACAGAACCGAAUGUACCGAAACCGCGCAGCAAACCGCCUCUAACUACUAACAAAUCGUCAGCUUCGUUACCGACAACGGGGACGGUCAAAAGUCGACCACCAGCAAAGCGUGCACCGACUGCCACACGACUUUCCGCCAGUCCGAGUCAUGCACGGAAAGAAUCAAACGCAAGCAGCCUUCCUCCGACUGUCGAGCUAGAUCCUAUGAUUGAAAGUUCUCAGCUGCCGCCCACAAUGACAUCGCAGAAUCUGGACAGUACAGGAUUGUUGACGGACCGAUUCGGCUUCAUCUACGACCAGAAACGGCGGAAGCGACAGAACCUAACGGUCCGAGGACACAAACGCAACAAGCUGAGUGGUGCCGAAACCAUCGCAAGUUUCAGAGCCGGUGAAAAUGCACAAGCUGAAGAGCUCUCCGUCGAAAGGCCGGCCACCCCCGUUUCAGUAGAUGAAGAGGCACCUAAAAAAUCAUGGCAAGAGUACCUCAAGGUGCCCGCAGCUCUGUCUUCAGGAAGGCCAAAAGAAUUGCUUUCACAUACGCCCUCUGCCAGCGCUGUCGUUACUGUCAGUACGGUGGACGCUGCAGGCACUACAACGCCACCGCGUCGAAGUAGAGAGAUGUCCAUUUCAGUUUCUGCUGCUUCGCAGAAGGCUCUUCCAACCACUAGUGUGGUGAUGGAACCGCAACCCUCGACAGUGACGGCAACCUCUUCCGACUUUACACCGGAUUCCGAGUCCGAAACCACGGCGGACUCUGGGCCUGCGAGAUUGCUUCUGGAGCAACUCACGGAAUUGCACGACGCACUGCAAGCAGAGAGAGCUGUCCGGUGGAAUGACUUUCUGCGCAGAGUCAGAGCAGAAAGAGCGAACGCCGAUCGCGCGAGCAACAGCAACACACCCGAAGCGGACCUUCUCAACGGCGAACUCAUAGGAAUAGCAACCCUUGGGCGCUCUACAAAGACAAAAGCGAAGUACAUGCAUUUCAAGUCACUGGUUCUGGCCGGGAUACCUGUCUCCCUCCGGCCAAAGAUCUGGGCUGAAUGUUCUGGUGCAAGUGCUCUGAGGAUCCCCGGUUACUAUGAGGACCUCGUUGCCCGAUCGCAAGAAGGUGCCGACAUAGACCCGGACAUUGCAGGCCAGAUCAAGGCGGAUGUCCACCGGACGCUCACGGACAAUGUGUUCUUUCGGCACGGACCUGGCGUUCAGAGGUUGGAAGAGCUGCUGAGGGCUUACUCCUUGCACAAUCCUCGCAUUGGCUACUGUCAAGGUAUGAAUCUCAUCACAGCGUCUCUGCUGCUCAUUUGCGCGACGGCGGAAGAUUGCUUUUGGCUUCUCGUUGCCAUCAUUGAUGUCAUUCUUCCGAGUCAAUAUUUCAGCUCGACCCUACUUGUGGCUCGGGCUGAUCAAGUGGUUCUUCGCCAAUAUGUUGCGGAAGUCCUGCCAAAAUUGAGCGCCAAGUUGGAGGAGUUGGGUGUCGAGUUGGAGGCAUGCACCUUUCAUUGGUUCUUGUCGUUAUACACGGGCGUGUUGACGGGCGGAGAGGCCCUCUAUCGAGUUUGGGACGUCAUUCUCUGCCUCAACAGUUCCGACGCUCCUCCACAGGCCUUGAACCAGUCCAAGACCACCCUCACUGUGGACAUGCCUUCCCUCGGCCUGUCAAGCGGCCCAUCAACCCCCGUGACGCCGUCGCAUCCCCCAACAGAACCUAGCGUCACCGCAGACAACUCCUCAGAAGAGCAUGAUGGUACAUCGUCGCCUUUCCUCUUCCAAUUAGCCCUCGCUUUGCUGAAACUCAAUGAAAAUGCCAUCCUCGCACUCGACUCGGCCGCACAGGUGUACACAUAUAUCAACCAUAAUAUGACGAAUCAUGCCAUCAGUAUUGAUGCGCUGGUGCAGGCGAGUGAGGCGCUGAGGACGAGGAUCGUAAGAAAGGAAAUGUUGGAGAGGAGGAAAGAAGCGAUCAAAGAGCUGGGGCCAUGA